AUGCGUCUGUCGUGGUCCGUUCUUCUGGUCGGGGCAAUCGCUUCGUCGAUCCCACUCGUCUCUUCACAUGAAGUUCAUCUGAGCUACCUACCGGCCUCACAAUCCAUCCCCUCAGUGGACUCAUACCUGUCCGUGGAAUGGUCCAUGCAAGAUGGCAAAUUGUUCGCCAAUGGGGAUUUAGUCUUCCCCCCGAGCAUGUCAAUGCAGGUGCAUGCUCCCCGUUACGAAAGCGGACAGAAGACGCGCAUCGAGUCUGAAAUUCUCUACUACUCUCUGGAGGUCCGACCCCUCUCCAGCCAUGAAGUUGGCGCCCCACAUGGCAUCGUGAGAGUCGAUGUCGAAUUUUUGGACCGUGAGGGUCAAUCCGUCACUCCGAAUACGGUCGUGUUGGAUCUGCUGGAUCAUCCGGAUGGCAACCCUCGCAUUACCAAGAUUCGGAUUGAACCGGGGAAAUCGCAAGAAGACCAGAGUGAACAAAAGUGGCAGAUGAAAUUCUGGAAGAGUGAAAUGGGUGCCCUUUUCAAGCAUACCGAGACGAAAGAGACGAAAGAGACGAAAGAGACCAAGCCUUCGAAAAUCGAGUCUACCAUUUCUGCCACCAAGUCUGAUAUCGCCCAGCCCCAAACCAGCAGCGCGGUGGAGUCGACUGUUGGAUACAUCUUUUCACCUUACUUUGCGCCCUCGUCUUACUCUCAUCGAACAAAUCGUCACUCGCAUGGCCGUCAUGACCACACCUUUAUGCGCCUGAUGCGACCCGUGGUCCUCCCCGCUUUGCUCGGGGCUGUGGCUGGCUUACUCGCUUGUCUGCUUGGCUUCCUCGUUGGACACGUCAUUAUGUCCGUAUCCUACCGGUUAGGACUACGCAAAAAUCCCCGCCAUCACCGGACAACCCACGUUGAAGAUGGGAUUGUAUCUGAAAAGGCCGGUCUGUUACCCGCGAUCUAUGUGACAGAGUCCGAGGUCUAG